AUGGCGACGUCGUCUGCUCUUCUUCACAUCUCAGGUGGGUUCUUCUCCGUUGUCUCUACCUGACGCUUUCUUCCGUUGUGUUCUGGAUGUCACCAAUCUCGGAAGGCGCUUGAUCCUCAUUUAGCGUCGAUGCGUUCUCGUUUAUCCGAUCGGAACUCGUACGCAGUCCUCGCUGAGAAACUUCCUUUGCUCCACGGCUUGGUCAUACUAUUCCGGAGUUGAACAAAGCUUUAUUUGUACUUCGCGAGUCUUUUUCUUUUUAAUUUGUGGAUCUGCACUCAAGCUUUUCUCUGGUGAUUUUGAAACUCCUUUGUCUGGACUAUUGAUUUCUACCGACUUUUUUUUCUUCUUGCUCAAGAACACAAAAUUUCAGUUUCGAGCUGGAAAUUUUCUUCAAUGGCAUUCCUGUAUUUUAACAUCACGUGUUCCCAUUCUAGUUUCCGCCUUUUGCUGAUUCUCUUCUGCAGUGUAAUACCUGGGAUAAGGUGGAUGAUGGUAUUGAUGUUAUUGUAUAAGCUCUCUUGUUGUUGGGCUGUAUGUAUGGCUUUUUGGUUAUUAAGUGUUUACUAUUAUCUUUUUAUAAUUUUCUUUAUGGACAUUCGUGUUCAAGCAGGUGGAACCCAUUUGGAAUCAUCUCGUCCCGCCCCUUCUUCUAAGCUUCGAUCAUUGGAUAGACAAAAAUUGAAAUUGAUAUCUCCUCGAAAAAUGAACCUGUCUAAUCAUCGUCGAGAUUUGUCUGUUCGUGCUGAGUACGGGUAUGCAAUUACCAACCAAUCUCCAGAGUUUUCCGUUCAUGACAUUGAGUGUUAGUUGUUGACUUUUGCUAGAUAUUUGUCUUUGGGUUUGAUGAAUUUAUGUGAAUACUUGCAUUUUUUACAGUUGUUUUGACGCAUGUGGUUACACAUAUGCUAAUUUAUCUGUAAAAAAAAUCAGAGUUUUAGCUGUGGUUUCAUAAGCCGUGUUUCUAGAAAGGGAGAUUUUAGGUGUAUGAUAAUGAAUCUUUUCAUCAUCCUCGGCAUCCUCUCGUUUUUUUUCUUUUCUUUUCGGAAAAACUUGUGGAGCAGAAUAAUGAUUUUCAUUGAAACGUCUGUGAUGUCUACAUUUUCGUAGGUUACCCAUAAAUAGGAAGAGGUUGCUUUAUGAUGCACUUUCUUCUUGACAAUGUACGUAAGUAGAGUUCAAUUGACUGAUAAUGAAACUAGUACAGCAUGCUGCAAUUAUACUAACCGAUUUGAUUCUAUUUUUCUUAUUUUAUGGGGUUUAUUUUUAUAAUAUUUCUUCCGAGGGUCUUAUUUUCUUGAUGUCUGCCAUUUAUGUACCACAGACAGGUAAAUGCAUAUUAAUUUUCGAAUUUCUUUUUCUUGUGGCAUGAAAAUGAAUGCAAGAAGAAUGUAGAUUGUGCAUUUCAUUGAAAAGUAUUUUCCUUCUUUUUAUCCUUGGAGACCAUCCUUUAUAAGUUGGUCAUUUAGAUGUUUUGCUUUUGGUACCUUAAAAUGUGCUCUCUGACUUACACCUUGUUAAUUUUUUUACAAAUUAAACGUGAAGUCAACUCGCAUCCUUUUGAGUUUUGACUUGGUGUUUGUGUCCUUAUGCGUCAUUAGCUCUAUUAUUUUAAUUUCAUUUAUCUUUGGCUGAUGGUCAGAGUAGAGAGCAUAACAUACUCCUCUGCUCUGGAUCUUUGCCUCAUUGUCUAAAUAUUUUAUGAAGUCAAUGUGGACCUUAUUAGGGCUACUCUUUGGGAUAAAAUAAGCCACCAAGUAGGUUCUAACAGGACUUUCCUCAGUCUAGCUUGUGUAAGGUUGCCUUGCCCAUGUAUUUGAAAUGACCUUAUUGACCGUUGAUAUUAGAGGAAAAAUCAAUAUAAAAGCUCUGUAAGGUUUUUUGUGCUGCCUUUGAGUUGACUGGAUAAGGAUUAUGAUGUUGAUGCUGUUGUUUGACGACCAAUUUUAUUUUCCUCUUCUGUACGGGUUUGUCCAGAUUCCAUGAUCUGUAUAUAGUCCACGGUCACUUCCUCACCAUGCCACCUGUAACAUUCGGUUCGUAAAGGAAUAGUAAUGAUUGUUGUUAGGAGGAAGAACAACCAUCAAAGAUUACUUAAUAGUAAAGAAAGUAUGGGGUGGCGACUAAAUCAAUGAUUGCUUAAUUUUAGGAAAUCAGAAUCAUAUUUUAUACUUUCUUUGAUCAGUAUGAGAUGAACAUUAACCUUAUUUCUGCGUGCUUGUUUUAUGUUUUAAUAUGAUCUAUAUAAAUGAUGAUGCGGUUUCUUUUAUCAACCUGUCUAUAGCUGUAGUGUGUUUUUGUCACUCCAAGCUUCAUUAUGUAGCUCACUGGAUUUCAUCCUUAACAAGCUCAAGAUUACGUACCCAAGAAGCCUAGUUGAUUUACAAGCUCACGUCUUGGAUCCAUGGCUUCUUUUUGGACCAAGAACCGUCUCUCGGUUUUGCCAUUCUCGUGUAUUAUCUGUGUUUGGAUAGCCAAUCAAAUACGAAAUCUCCCUAUCUUCAAGGAUACCCUCAGCAUUGAGGAACAUGUACUUGGGAAGUGAUUCGUUUAGAUCAUGAGCUUGACCAAAUGAAACAAUUGUUCUAGUAUCAACGAUCAUCAUGUUGAGAGCAGUAACAUUUUUAAACUCAAGAAUAUCAGUUUUUUCAAUCUAUUUUCUCUGGAUGUUUGAUGAGGAGCUUAGUUUCUCUCCAUUUUUCUUCCAUUUUAUUUGAGCGAAGCAUUGAGAUCUUGGAAAUGGAUGCAGCGUUUAUCUCCUUUUUUCUUGUCAAAUGGGAGGGGUAGCUAAUAGGGUGGGAAAAUAUGAGAUCGUAGCAGUUGGGAUUUUGGAUUUGACUGCUCCCGAGGGACACACUCUGUUUCUCACAAGUUGCCAAGGUGAGAAUAUGCCUUGAUGACUCCUACAUCUGUUCUCUUUCUGUUUUCUAAAGUUCUUCUAAGCUACAAAGGACAUCUUUUUUCUGAUGCAUAGGACAGAACUGUAAUGAACUAGGAAGUCCCAAGCAUCACAUAUAUGGUGUAGAUCAUUUUACUUUAAAAAACUAUGGUCGUCCUGUUGCAUAAGAUAAUAGCUUCUGACUUGUGGCAUAUCAUCUUUUACAAUGCAGCGAUGGUUCUCGGAAUGGAAGUGGAGACUUUCUUGCUGGUUUCCUUCUUGGGGGAGCAUUAUUUGGGACACUGGCAUACGUUUUUGCACCACAGGUGAUGAUCUUCCUCAGAAUACUCCUCCAUUCAGAUGGGCGUCUCCUGUUCAUAAUGUCCUCAAAAGAUAUCUGGAAUCUCGUUGACCACCUAAUUUUUUGUUAAAUUGUGAACUAAAUGACGUCAGAUCAUAAAUCAUAUUGAGUCAAUGGGCAGACGACAUUUUAAUUUCCACAUAAAAGCCAGUCUGAAACGCGAGCCUUAUCUCCCCACAAAAUGGAAACAUAUUCCAGGCCGCCUUUUCUAUUGUAUGUGAAGAUCUUCCAACACGGAUAGAAAUUCCUGCCAUUUUAUUCACCCAUCUGCAUGAUUUACUUGAGUAAACAAAGGAAAACAUUAACCUCUCCUUCGCCAGGAUCAUACACUGCUCCCCUUUGCUUAUUCAUCUCUGGUGUGAUGGGCACAGAUCCGGAGAUCCCUCCUGAAUGAAGAUGAGUAUGGAUUCCGGCGGGCCAAGCGUCCCAUCUACUAUGACGAAGGCUUGGAGGUGAUGAACCUUUCCAUUUUCGGAUUCAUUCAGCCAUUCGCUCAUUCGCAUGAAAAUCUUCCUCUUCUUCUUGUUGCCUGAGCAGAAGACCCGGCAGACACUGAAUGCAAAGAUAAACCAGCUGAACUCGGCAAUUGACAACGUGUCCUCGCGACUGAGAGGUGGUGGCAAUGGUGCAUCCGAGCCUGUCGAGGCCGACUCCGAGGUGGAGGCGUCCAUAUGA